AAAGUAAUGUGAAAUGACAGUAUGACUUAUAAAUAAGAAUCCCUUUCCGUUCGUGAUGACUCACUCAAGACUAUUAGAUACAAGUUCCCGAGUCCUGGUCGAAUCAGUGUGUUGUACAAUGGGAAACAGAGAGUAACUAAAUCGAUCAUAAACCCUACAACUCUAAACAAUGGAGAUGAUACAUUUAAGUUCUCUAUUGCCCCUGAAGUGGACUGUCUACACGUGUGUACUUUGGAUAGUGUUUAUAGUGCCGAUCUGUAUGGCUUCCCUCUGUCCUAAAUGCCUUCAUAUGGAGUCAAACAGCUUGUAUGCUUCACUUGUAAAGUUGCCAUCAAAUCCCAAAUGUAAAGCGGAACACAUUCCAGAGCAGAGAACGUCUUGUCGUAACGAGUCUGCAGAAGACAAAGUACAAAUGUGUGGAUUUUUGACGGGGAAUUUAACAGUCAAAAUAAAUAUAAAUUUAAUAUCCCCAGAAGUGCAAGGAACAGUUACCUACUAUGACUGUGUGCUUGUGAGCAAAAAUACCCAAACAGAGUGCCAGAUAAAUGCCACUGGUCCAAUGGAAAAAUCCCUGCUACAGGAGCUAGGCCCCGGUAUCCCUGAUGUUACUGUGUCGACAUUCCAUGGCAAAUCCUGUCUUUCUUUCCCUGUCACUAACGUCCAGGUAUCGUCAACAGCUGCAACUGUACAAACAACAGGCAUGGUAUCACCAACAGCUGGAACUGUACAAUCACCAGAACCUGAAAGAGGACAAAACCCUGGAAAUAAGGACUUAUCAUCAUCAUCAAAUGAACUUCAUUUAAAAUUCAAACUUUUUCUAUAUUUUAUUCCUAUAGUUUAUACACACAAGUUACUAAUGUUUUAAGAAUUUCGGCUGGACUGAGGACAUCGGCCUGGAUAUCUCAGUAGUUGGGGCACCUGACUAGUAAUACAGGGGUCCCGGGCUCAAUUCCAGGUCCCACCAUCCAUAUAUUUUCAUGAUAGAUGUAUUUAUGAAUUUUCAAUGUUUGUUUACUCAUUCCUCCUUUCUAUAUUACAUAUGUAUACAAAUGUUUAACCGUAUCUAAUAAUCGUAUGUAAUCAAAUGUGUUCUUAAGCAAAAAGACAAAGGUGUUUUUGUACAAAUAUAAAUAUGAAGUGCCUUUCAAAUGUCAAUUUAACGUUAUUUUAACCAAAGCCAUUGUUUGUUAGCGAUUACAAAAAAAUGGCUGCAUUUCAUUUCCGGAAUUUUUGAUAAUUAUCAACUUUUCAUUUCCGACAUUUUUUUAGUUUUCAUUUCCGAUAUUUUUUUUCAUUUCUGACAUUUUUUCAAAUACAUAUGCAGUACCUAUAGUAACAAAUCUGAUAACUUAACAUAUGAAAAUUUUAAAGCAGUAAAUCAUAAGUAAAUCAUUGAAAUCCAAUGUUGUAAAUCUAUUAGUGACUUGGACAUAAGUAUGGUGCUGUCACUGACAUUUAAUUUAGUGCACAUUACAUAUGGUGAAAAAGUUUUAUGCUCAUAAAACUCUUUUACCUAGACUUAGUGCUACAUGUAUGCAUAUUUGUAUAGAUUUUUUUAAAAAAUAUUUUGGCACUAAUACUUUUAGAAUUCCAUUUUCGUUUACUUAGAAAACAUUGAAUCGCCGCACAGGUAAAUUCCGGAAAUGAAAAAAAAAAAUAUGUCGGAAAUGAAAACAAAAAAAGUCGAAAAUGAAAUAAAAAAAAUGUCGGAAAUGCUAUGCAUAUUUCCGGAAAUGAAAUGCAGCGAAAAAAAAAUAUGAUUAGGUGAUCUGCUAUAAUAUUAGAUCAACUGAGUACUUUAUAUCCUUUUAAAUCAAAUCCAACUCUUUGUAAGUGUUUAAAAUGUGUAUUAAUUCACUAUGGAUACUUUCUUCCAGUUGUCUUGAAAAGGCACACAUAUAUCUGAUUGUUAAUGAAAUAUAAAGGGUAUACUGCAGUAAUUGAACGCUAGCUUUUUUUGCUUUAUAUCAAUGAUUUUAUUUGUCUCUUUCCUCGAUGUUAUUUUUAACAGGAAAAAAGAUUGCAACAACAGGAAAUAUGUGGCAAUGCAUUUCUGAGUGACUAUAUGAAAACCAUGUUCUCUGAAAUGCUUUGUGGAUAAGGAAAAUAAUAAACUGAUCAUGUUUUGUAUGUUUUGAAGUGCAUUUAACGGAAAAUAGUUUUAAAAUAACUGCAUACCAUAUAAACAAAUACCGACAGCUGAUGAUAAAGCAUAUGAUGAACAAAAAUACGGAAAAACCUCAUGUGAACUAGGAAAUCAGACUCAGUGCCUAUACGUUAUAUGUAAACACAGCUGAUAUAUUUUCUCUUCAGAGAUUUACAUCUGGUUGCGUUGUUUUUGUUUUUAAUUUUAAAUUACCAUUUGUGAGUUCACUGUAAGUUAUUUACCUAUUCUGUUUGUAUUUCUUGUAUCAUGAACAAAAUAUAAAA